AUGCAGCCUUUAUCAGACCCUCGGCGACACGUAAAUAUUCGAGCUGAGCGCGUUGCGGAUGUAUCAAGCACCGACUUCCCAGGGCAUUACCCAGGUGAGGACCACUCAUGGUCCCUCGAUAAAUUCAAGCAGAAUUUGCAAGUCAAAGUUCAGAAACUAUCGCAAAGAUCCAUCGAUUUCGAUAUUGUCGGUGUGGAUGCUUCAAUCGCGAACGCGUUCAGGAGGAUCAUGAUCGCCGAGGUACCUACGGUCUGCAUUGAAUCCGUCUAUGUCUGGAAUAAUACAUCAGUCAUAGUGGAUGAAGUCCUUGCCCAGCGGAUCGGGAUGGUCCCUUUGAACGUCGACCCAGCCGUGAUGGAGAUGAAGAAAUCUCCCGACGAACAGCCAACCGAUCGCAACACAAUGGUGUUCAAGCUUCAAGUAGCAUGCACGAGGAGCACAAACCGUGAAGAGCCAUAUAUCGACGACCAGGUUCUCUCGGGGCAUCUCACCUGGGAGCCUGUCGGCGAACAAGUCGACGUCUUUGCUCACAAACCGCCGGCCCCGACGAAUCCCAACAUUGUGCUCGCCAAGUUGCGUCCAGGACAGGAAGUCAAUAUGGAACUGCACGCGGUCAAAGGAGUGGGAAAGGAUCAUGCCAAGUUUAGCCCAGUUGCUACGGCGUCGUAUCGUCUCUUGCCAUAUAUUCAGCUCAAUCCACAAAAGCCGGUUCCUCCGCAGCACGCAGAAAAGUUCCAAAAGUGUUUUUCAAAAGGAGUGAUUCGUAUCGACCCUCGAACACAAACGGUUAGUGUCGACCCCGAAGCCGUCCGCGACGAUACCGUCAGCAGAGAGGUGCUACGGCACCCGGAAUUUGAGGGAUGUGUAGAGUUGAAACGCAUUCGUGACUAUUUCUUGUUCAAUGUCGAGUCUGAAGGAGCCUAUCCGCCCGAACGACUUCUGCCAGAGGCAGUCCAUGUCUUCAGGAGCAAGAUAGAUACCAUCCGAGAGGCAGCAUUGAGUCUGAGGGCGGAGGACGUUGAGAUGAAUAACUAG